GUACCUUCGACUCGAUGAUUCCCCCGUACGUUCCAAAGCGGGAAGGAGUCACCACACCGCCUUCGGAACCUGAGACGUCAAACGCGUUUGGGAGCCCGGGUGCCAUUUAUCUCGAGAUGGAGUUGGCUGUACUGUUUCCUCCAUUUGAUAGAUGUGCCUGUGAUGCCGGGCCUGGUAUCCGCAGUUUGGGCACUUGAGUGCAGGUGCUUCGAGGCCAGAGUAUAAAGGGCUGUUCUACAGGUAGAUCUCUACAGGUAGAUCCGACCGCUCUUCCAAGAAGACAGCAACGAGACUGGGAUGACUUCAGAACAAGACUGCGGUGGGAAUCUUCGGCCCGAACUGCGUGAAAUCAUCCAAUCUCUUUUGGAUGCGGUUGGCUACGUCUCGCCUCGCGAGAAGAUGGAGCCCACAAACUUGAUUGAGCGCAUCCGCAACGCUUUGAACGUGAAGAUCAGAAGCAGCUACCGAGGGACGGAGGAUUGUGACCUAGAUGUGGAUUCGAUCUCAAAGAAGGCGGCCUCAGUCGUUGAGUUCUUCUACUUUGACCAUGGCUUCGAGCAAAAGAUGUCGUUCGAGCUAUAUGCCUGGUUUUUCUUCUACAUCGAUGACAUCGCGUCCGGAUCCAGGGAUAUCCUGGAGAACUUCCACCGGGCCCUUCUCCAGGGCAAAGCUGAGCUCCUGCCUGCGCCGCUCGCAAGGUUCCCCUCGGUCCUGGCAUCGCUCUACGACCACUGGGACCCGCUGGCCGCAGCGAUGAUGGCCACAUCUGCUCUCGACUUCAUCACUGGGACAGCGCUCGAGCAGCGCCGACACGUGGUAGCCAUGGAGCCAAGUGUUCACGCACCAAAUUGGCCGGGCUUUCUACGGACGAAGAGCGGGAUGGCGACAGGGUUCUCGUGUGCUGCGUUUCCCCGCUCGGAUGUGCCGGGUGUCGCUUCCUACAUCCAGGCGCUUCCGGACAUGGACCAGCUCAUGUGCCUAACGAAUGAUAUUCUCUCGUGUGUUUGUCCAAUGAGCUCUCAUCUGGACCGGCUCGCUAAUCAAAUCCCAGCUACUACAAAGAAGAGCUUGCGGGAGAGACGAUGGGCUUUGUUCCUCUCACAGCCAGGAUCACGGGCAAGUCCCCGUUCGCGGUGCUUCGGAACAUGGUUCAGGAGGUCAGGGAGCUGCACCACAGAAUUGCUGCGACACUCAGCGGGGAUGACGAUGCACUUCAAAAAUGGCGUACCCUCGAGCAGGGAUUCGUGUCAGUGCUGUGUCUCUACAGAUCAGUUUCAAAAGAAAACUUAUGAGACGGCAGGGCAUGGCAUCUUGCGAUUGACCGGUUCAGGCUGUGCUCUGAUUACGGCUUUGUAUGGUGAUGUUGGAUUGUAUCAGGUGCCCCAAACCGGAACUCCUACAUGUCCUGUUUUGAUGCUAGUUCACGCACAAAAUUCAAAGUCUAACACCGCGUGUUCUGUGUUUGAGUUUUUCACACAAAUGAGCCGGUUAAAGGAAGCAGGUACCUGCAGAAUAAAAAAUUGGAAUCGAGGUAUCUGGCCAAAAUUAUUUCCCCGGCCCAUAUCGUAGCUCAGAAUUAUU